AUGGAGGCCGAGUCUCAAGCAGAGAACAUGAAUGAGGAACAAACCUACGAAUGGGAAAGCAUAACAGCAGAGCUAAACAUCACAAAACCAGUGAAUGAGAUUCAAAUAUGUAACGUCCUAGGCAAGAGUCUCGACAAACUGGAAAAAUGGGAAGCAUUCUACGAAAUGUACGCGAAACGGAUGGGUUUCGGCACAAGAAAAGAUGAUGUACGACGUUCUCACAGAGUCAUUGUAAUGCGCAGGUCGAUGAACUCCGUUGGAAUUAAAACUGCCAACAUAAUGUCUCAUGUUGCUUUGCAAAGUGGAGGUUAUGAGAGAAUGCCAUGUCAACUUCGAGAUGUCUACAACAGGGUUGCUGGUGCCAAGCGAGAAGAAAAGAUAGAGACGGACUCGGAAGGAGCGUUGGGAUUUCUUGAUUGUCUCGCAGAGAGGGAUCCAAAUUUCUUCGUUGUAUAUGAGGUGGACGAGGAGAAUCGAUUGGCUAACUUAUUCUGGGCAGAUGGAAACUCACGUGUCGACUAUGUGGCUUUUGGGGAUGUACUAGGGUUUGAUACCACCUACAUGACAAAUGAGUACAAUAAGCCUCUCACUGUUCUCAUUGGCGUAAACCACCAUUACAACACAUGCAUCUUCGGGUUCGCUCUCCUCCUCCACGAGAAGCUUCCAUCCUAUCGUUGGCUACUUCAAAAAUUUCUCGAAUGCCAUGGAGAUAAGAAGCUAAAUGUUGUAGUUACUGACCAAGAUGUGGCCAUGAAACAGGCCAUCAUGGAACACAUGCUUGAUGUUACACACCGUCUAUGUGCUUGGCAUCUCAAUACAAAUGCUUCCAAAAAGGUUAAAGAUCCGAUCUUCUUGAAAAGAUUUAAAGAUCUAAUGUACAACUACUACGAGGAGGAGGAUUUUGAAGCAAGAUGGUUAGACGUCGUCGAAACCCAACAACUAACAGAUAAUGAAUGGUGCCAAACAACAUUCGACACAAGAAAACAAGGCGUAAACUUAUUUAAGGGGUUCAUUCGUUGCGGUGAAUGA